GGUAGUCCUAACCAUGCCUGCAUCUCCUGGAAAAAUAUUCGCAGUGUUGCUUUUGGUGGCAACUUCUGUGUUCAGCGAUGGCGAGCGGCUCUCUCCGUCGGCUGACUCAGCUGUGUUGCCAGCCACAUCAUCUCAAGUUCACCAGGACCAAGGUGUAGUCCCCUCAUACAAUACGUUCACAGUGUUUGUUUCCAACAGAAGCGGAAUUUCAGUUACUACACCUACAGAGCCAUGUGGUGCUGACCUUUUGCGACCAUGCCUGACCGUACAUGAUGCCUGGAUACAGGUUCUCCGGAGAGUUGGCGCGUACUCAGCCAACUACACACAUACAGGUACCUGUAUGCUGGAGAAAUCUGUUAACGUUCAGAUAUAUCUGGUUCCAACGAGGGAGACUGGGUGCACAUUGGAGCUAGGAAGGUCCCUACUGCUACUCAAGAGCGAUUGUGUUAGAAGUCUCAAGAUAUCGACCCUCGACAAUCUUGGCUGCAACAUGACGACACUUCGAGGUGGCUUCAUUGAUAUAGAAAUGGACUUCGCGCGUACGCUGCACUUCUCAUCUAUAAUAAUAUUUAACAGUACUCGUGUGGAAGUGACCGAGUCUGGAUUCCUCAUAUCGGUGAGGGUGCGGCGUGCGUACGAGAUCGAGUUUAUAUCCUGUGAGUUUCUGCUGUAUUCCAGACUGUAUUCCAUACAAGGGGGAUUGGACAUCUACGACUAUGGUGCAACUGAAAGAAAUCCUACAUACAGUCAGACCCUGUUGUUUCGUGUGCUAAAUUGUUCAUUCACCACGCGCACAGCUGAACCCGGACAACCGCCCUUCUAUACCAAAUCGGCAGUACAUGUCGCAAUUUACGCUUGGACUAAAUUGACUGCCCUAUUUGAUAACUGCCGAAUGAGCAACAUGAAAAUGAGUACCAACAUGAAGCGUCCCCGCACAAUUCAUACCAAAGCUGUACUUGAUAUAUAUACAGAAAGUCCUUGGCCCACCAACAUCACGAUUUCAAAUUCCACUUUCACAAAUUGCUCCUCCGACAAUAUGAUUAAGGUGUGGACAAAUGAUCUACUACAACUGCGGGGUGACCACGUGAUUGAUGUGACAGUGAUCGGCUCAAUCAUUGCACACAGUUUCGUCUUCAAUACUCCGAUAUCAAUUAUAACCAUUUCCAGAGUGCGAGUUGCCGUUACGGACUGCACUUUUGUACUAAACACCAUCGGUCCCCAUGCAUGUUCUGCUGGAAUUCACGUUGAGAAAAAUGGCAAUCCAAAAAUAUUAGCAACACAAGAACAUCCUUGGAAACCAGCAGAAAUCCUUUUUCGUCGAGUUUCAUUCGGCGCAGCGAAUAUCCUGGGAAAGUGCCCAAGUAUUAGUACUUCAUCGUCUGCAAUUACUUUCCUUGAUCGGGCAGCUGCUGAUGAAGAGAGCGUCACUAUAAUGAAUGUUGUUGAGUCGCAGGAUUGCCAAUUCCAAUGCUCGAUGGAUCCACAGACGCUGAAGUGUAUACCAAUCAUUUUAGCUGUGGGUUCACCUGUCAAAGUUGACCUGCACCGUCGGAAUCAUAUCGAAGGCAACUCUUUCAUUAGGGCGCCAGUAGUUUCUCAAAAUGGCAUACUCAAUCUCAUCGGCUUAAUAGCAACUGUCGUGGAUAUUGGCACGUUAUUUCGACAAAGUGGCCUCAGCAUUGUAUGGCUUAGUCCAGCGAAUUUUCAGCAAUUUGUGAAGCAAAAUGUGUCCUAUGGAUGGUCCAAUAUCGGAGUGAGCGUUCGUAAGCAGUACAGGGAUAUCGGACAAUGCUCACUGGAUCCGAAGAUUCACAGCCCUUCGGAGAACUUCCGUGAUAAAUGCUACAUCCAAGCCGAUCCGAUUGUCCUCCUCGAAAACCGAUCCACGUCCAGGAGCUACGAGAGGGAUCCAAGAAGUAAUGGGUCCUGUGCUACAUUCGGUGCAACUUGGGUUGAUACAACUCAACUGACCAAUGUCGGCAGGGGCAUGGAUCAAUUCCUCCAGUGCGCUGUUGGCAACAGGUCUAUUUUCACCGCAAAUAACCCGGACAAUGCGCUCGGCAAACUGUUAAAACUCAGCACCGCCUGGAUUCUUCUGGGACAAUCAAGUACGGAGUGCUACAAGCACCUCGGUAACAUCUGGCUAUACAAGAGAAAUCAGUGUAGUAUGGAAAUGUUACACGAAACGUACAUAAUGAAAAGAUUGUCUGCAGGGCAAUCAGACAGCGCACUUCAACUCGUUGCCGAGCGAAUGGGCGGCAACAACGUUAGGGACCUCAGCAACGUUAUCAUUUCUGGAUCACUUAUCUUGGCACCAUGGUCGCAUUUUAGCGGCAUUCACUGGCACUCUUCGGCGGGAAAUGCAUCUGGGCGGAUCCUCUCACGUAUUACGUUAUACCCAGCGCCAGGAGAGCAUAUUACUGUCAAUAUCCGCACCUAUGAUGACUUACUGUCUACGACUAGUUCUCGAAUGAAAGUUCAUAUUAUCAGUGAGGAUAAUGUUUACAUGCUACGGUAUGGAGCAAGAGAUAGAGGUCUGUAUGAGCACCUGGAAGAGAUGUAUUUCAUAUCAAGCUCGCCUCUCACUGGCAUAGCACUUGGCGGCGAAGCAGGAGCACGAGGAAAUUUCCGUUUCAGGUUGUUGGAUGAUACUGCAAAAGAAAAGAAGUCUAAAGAUGGAUUCUACUUGGAUGUGCCAUUUGAGUUGCGACCUUGUUUUGGAGGCUUCUACGGCCCUCAUGUAGCGGUUACCAUAGACUACCAGCCACUGACUCCACUGACUAAAGUUUGCUACUGUAUGAACUCUACGGCGAUACAGAAGUGCAGCAAGGGUCGCUUUGUGCACAUGAAACCAGGCUAUUGGGCCGGUAACGUCACAACCAAUAGCCGUCGCGGCUCAGAAAAGGAACCUCUUGAUUGGAAAUCUACUGGUGAAGAUGUGGUGUUUGAAACGGAGAGUAACACUUCAAACAUCUCGCUCAAAGAGACGCAGGCGUAUGGAUCAUUCGUCGAUUACCCGUUUGGCAUUGCACAGUGCACGAAUGGACUUUGCAAGAGUGGUGCGUGGCUCUACAAUGGAUCGGGAGCGCCAGCAUGUGUUGGCAAUGCCGCGGGUAUCUUGUGUGGAGAAUGCAGAGCCGGUACAAGACUGAAGCUAGCAUUAGCGCAAUGCGUUGAUUGCUCAAUGACGUCAUCUAUUCCACUAUGGGUAUACGUCAUAACCAUGGUGGUAAUGACAGUCCUGACAUCCAUCCUGCUCUUCUACUUCAAUGUUGGCCUUUCACCAGUUCUUGAUAGCUGGCUGUUCUUCGUGCAGACGUCUUGGUACAUCUUCCCGAACGAAGUUACAUUCGUCUACAGCAGCAUCUACACCGUGUUGACUUUCGGACUCGGACACGUCUGUCUCAAAGAGGACCUAAAUCGACUUCAAGUCAGCACUCUACUCAUCAUCCAACCAAUCACACUUCUUCUCAUCUUCCUGGCUAUACGCAUUGCACGAUCGUACAACUACCUUGGAACUCGAUUGGCAAGACUACAGACCCACAUGAAACUAGUGCGAGUCAUGUGGUUUGUUCUGGUCUACAGCUACUUUAUGCUCACCUUCACAGCUCUCAGUGUGUUCUGGUGUGUGCAAAUCAACGACAGGCAGGUGCUUGCCAUGGAUGGUUCCGUAGACUGCUAUGUGUCACCGCAUCUAGGCUAUGUCUUGGCAGCAGUCGCAAUCCUGGCCAUAGUUAUCAUCCCACCGCCGUUGCUAUUACUCAUUCGACGCACACAUGGUCAUAUCAUGUUGAAGGGUUUCGUGGACGAGGCGUGCUGCAUGUACACUGAUGAGUGCCGCUGGUGGUCAGCUGUGAACCUGUUGAGGCGUAUUGCCAUUGGCCUGCUUGGAUCACUACCGUUUUCGAGCGCGGUUUCCAGACUCUUGGUGACAUCUGGAUUCCUUCUGCUACUUCUGAUGGUGCAUAGCACAGUUCGACCUCUUCGGAAGGGUGAUUUUGCGGGUGUUGGCUACAACACAUGGGAGUCGUUCAUGCUCUGCAUUUCCAUCUGUAUCUCGGUACUCUACAGUGUCAUGUACGAGUCGCAGAUGACCGAAAACUAUGUGCUAUGGGUCAGUGGGGCACUCUUCCUUACGCCCACUGCGUUGGUUCUGACAGCACUCCUCUACCGACAAUGCCUAGCAAAGGAGGGAGGCUACGGAAGAUUCAGGACCCUCUCCGCUCGCCUCAUGUGGCGGCGUCGGCAAGAGGAACGUAGACGGGAGAGAAACGAAUCACAUCUGGACGAAACAGCCUUGGCCAACUUGAUAGGCGACAUCAGAGACCCACUCUUAGUUGAUAACAUACGUGAUCAACAAGAGGGUCGCCUCUAAAUUAUGUUGUGUGACCAUGCACCUGAUAGAUCUUGAACAACACGAGAAACUGUAUUUGCUGUAAAUUAGCCUCUACUUUUGUCGUAGUAGUAAGCACUCCCCCAUUCUGGUCUCUCAGCGGUCACAUGAAAAUCUCCACGCAGAAGUAUCAUACACGUUCAAGCACAUCUUUCGUCAACUUCAGAAGCAAUGCAAGAAAAGCUUAGGCAUGCAUUCUUGGUACUAAGGCAAUCAUACCUAUGAAGACAGGAAUGGAUGAGUAUCCGGUCUUCUGUACUAACAUUGAAUGACAACAUGUUGCCAUGUAGAUCUUCUCCAUUUGUCUGCAUAUUGCAACACACAUUCUGUAGUGGAUUACUUCAAGCUUCAGGCAAUCGCCUAUUCGCUAUUUGUACUGAUAUCCGUAGUGGAUCCUUUCUUUUUACGAAAAGAUUAAUUGAAUAUAUUCAUUGCUACGAUCAUGCAUUAUGUGCUUGGGCGGUUCUCCCGAUCUUUAUUACCACCUGGAUGUGAUUCGGAAGAACAAUCUUCCAUAUUGGCGGUGUCAACAGAACGAUAGGCAUUUGGAAUUUCAUGUUUUUCUACUCGGUAUUUCCAAGUUAAUCUUUC